CCCGGCCUGUCUCCAGUGGCCCGUCCGCUUCCCCCUUUCCACCCGCCCAGCCAACCACGGUCAUCCCUCCCGCUCGCGCUCGAUCACUGCUUCUCUUGCAUCCAUCUGUGCUCUGGUCGACAACUACUGCGCUAUGCCUAGGAUCGAGGCUGUCGAGGAUCCGGAGAAAGGCACUCUGGACACGCUCACACCACUGCCCGUGCUGCCAGUGUCAUCGAAAGCGGUCAUACAAGAUGCCGCCGACGGGAUCGCCGUACAGUCGGGAGUGAAGGAGAAAAGGUUGGACUUGGCUCUCGCGGAGGCGAGGAAAGACCCAUCAUCGUCGAGCAAGGGAAAGCGGAGAGUGAGCUGGUGGAUUCGAUACCAACUGUGGUUCACGAUGUAUCGUAAAUUCUUCACCUUCAUCGUCCUCUUGAACGGUACCGGGCUCCUCCUCGCCGCACUCAACGUCUGGCAAUAUCCCCGACGAUACACCGGCGCUUUCAUUCUGGGGAACUUGCUCUUCGCGAUCCUCAUGCGGAAUGAAGUCUUCGGGCGCUGUCUAUUCUGGUUUAUGAAUACGUGCUUUGCCAAGUGGCCACCAUUAUGGUUCAGGCUUACGUGCACCGACAUCCUGCAGAGCCUGGGGGGCAUUCACUCCGGUUGUGCAGCAUCCGGCUCAGCAUGGCUCAUUUUCCGAGUCGUGCUUAUCUUCAUCGACCACAAGGACAACCAUGACGCUGUGCUCAUUGCCGGUGUUGUCACCAACAUCGCCGUCUUCAUCAGUAUAGGGAGCGCGUUCCCCUGGGUCCGUAAUAUGCACCACAAUAUUUUCGAGAGGCACCAUCGGUUCAUCGGCUGGGUCGGACUUCUCUCAACUUGGAUUUUCGUGGUGCUCGGCGACAGCUACGACCUCAACACUCACGCGUGGAACCCGGACGGUGUCCACGUCAUUCGACAGCAGGACUUCUGGUAUGUCUUUGGCAUGACAAUACUCAUUCUCAUACCGUGGUUCUCCGUGCGGGAGGUCCCGGUCGACAUCGAAGUGCCGUCUCCGAAGGUGGCAAUCUUGCGUUUCGAGCGAGGCAUGCAGCAAGGUCUUCUUACGCGGAUAUCUCGGUCCUCGAUCAUGGAGUACCACUCGUUCGGUAUCGUCUCUGAGGGACCGCACGCCAAGUACCACUACCUCAUCUGCGGCGUGCAAGGGGACUUUACCCGUUCUUUGGUCGACGACCCUCCCACUCACCUCUGGACCCGUCAAUUGAAGUUCGCUGGCGUGUCGCACUCGUCUUCUAUGUACAAGCGGGGAAUUCGCGUGUGCACCGGCACUGGACUCGGCGCCGCACUCUCAACAUGUCUCCAGAAUCCUGACUGGUACUUGAUUUGGAUUGGCUCGGAGCAAGAGAAGACGUUCGGGCCCACCAUCUCCGGGCUCAUUUACCGCCACCUAUGGCCGGACCGUGUAUGCAUGUGGGAUUCCAAGGCGCGAGGCGGCCGUCCUGACAUCAUGAAACUCAUCAAGGACGCCUACCACUCGUGGAACGCUGAGGUGGUCUUCAUCACGUCGAAUUGGCAGGGCAACAGGGAGCUAAUGGAGGGAUGCAAAGAGGCUGGCAUUCCCGCAUUCGGCACGCUCUGGGACUUCUAAGCGGCCGUCCGGUAGGAAGCGAUGGAUGGACGUUCAGCAUAAUAUUAGAACUCGUCGUGCGGUCGCCGUGGGCAAGUGUCUUCCCACCUUCUAUGUGCACCAGCCCAUCGUCGCGCUCGUACUAGUGAUCGCCGCAUACCGUUCAUAGCUACCAUCGUCACCCUCCAGCACGUAUCUUAUUGGUCCUCGCCCCUAGCAGGUCUCGUACCCCACGCAAUUUCCCGAGUAGUGUAGAUAUGCCCGUGCGCGCAGUAUUGCAGCUCUCCGUCUGGAUCCUCAGCUCCCUGCGGCACCGCGGGGACGCCACGCGCUGUGAACCUGUAUUUUAGUCGAUCUCUUCUUGGCAUUGUAUCUCCC